CAUGAAAUUCGCUUAAGUUACUGCGGGUGCUUUUUAAUCUAGUAAAAUAGUGAAAGUAGAACAAUAUAGUUACAGUGUAAAUGAUUAAAUUGGAUCAGGUUUCAGUAGUCAAGUGUUUAAAGGCAAAAAUGAUAAUACUAAUGAGACCGUUGCGAUAAAAGUAUUUUUGUAAUUUGAACUAUCAGAUAAUUGAUCGAAGUAAAAUAACUAAUGAGGUUGAAGAGUUCUUAUUAAAUCAAGAGAUUCGAGCCUUAUCAUUGAUGAAUUCUGAAAAUGUAUUAAAAAUGUAUGAUUAUUAUCACCGACCAUAAUGUACAUAUAUUAUAACUGAAUAUUGCAAUUAAGGUAUCUAAUAAAUCAAUGAUAAUAGGGGAUCUGGGAUAACUAAUAAAAAGAAAAUAGAGAAUUGAUGAAAUAGAGGCAAUUAAAAUUAUGAAGCAUAUUGUAAAUGGUUUUAAGGAAUAAGUUGCAAAAGGAAUAAUUCACAGAGAUUUAAAGCCAAUAAAUAUUUUAAUAAGAAAUGGAAUUCCUAAAAUAGCAGAUUAUGGAUUUUCAAAAAUGAUGAAUGCACCACCAGAAACAAUCUACUAUAAUGUAGGUACAGCAUUAUACAUGUCUCCCUAAACUAUGAUUAAAAAUAUAUAUUCUGAGAAAACUGAUAUCUGGAGUUUGGGAAUUAUAUUCUAUGAGUUGUUGUAUGGAUAAGUUCCAUAUUCAGCAUAGAAUGAAAAAGAUUUGGCUUAAGUAAUAUUAAAAACUUAACCAUAAUUUCCUGCAAAUAUCCCAGUAUCAAAAGAAACAAUAGAAUUCAUUUUAAAAUGCUUGUCAGUUGAUGAAUCAAAAAGAUAUUCAUGUAUUGAUUUAGAACAUCAUCCUAUUUUCUACCGUAGACAUACAAUGACUGCCCCAAGACCUAUUGCAGAUAAAAAUACUUCAGUUAAAAAUCGAGACAAUUAUUCUCCUUAAAGAACCACAGAAUAUCAUCAUAAUCGUAAGAUUAAUUUUAUAGCUUAAACUGCUAUGCCUUAAUCUGCAUUAAAAAGCAGAGAGAGUGUCAGAUAUUUGACUCAGAAUGAUGAAAUUAUACAAUCGUAAUUCUAAUUUAUUGAAUUGAUGUUUAGAAUCUUAAGAAUACUUGACAAAUAACAAAUAUUCAAUUAAGAUUUUUAAAUCAAACUAAAAUUCUUGAUUAUCAAAAACAUGUUCUUUAAGACCAUAUUAUUAAGAGAAGUUGUUGAAAAAAAGAAAAAUGUCUUAUAAUUAUGUGAAUUUGAUACUUAUAUUGAGACUGUAGGAAAAUAUUAAACCUAAGUUCAUGAAAUCUAUCAAAUUGCUAAAGAGUAUCAUGAUAAAUAAGUAAAACUCAUUUAUUAUUUUAGUAUUAAAUGAUUGAAAGCAAUCACACUCUCAAACAAUGUGUGUUAAGAGAUAGAAGUUUUCAGAAAAUAUAUGAAAACUUCAAGUCAGUAAAUGAAAGCUAUGAAUUUUAUUUACUUUUCAGUACUUUGCUAUAGAGAUGCAUAAGAGAUUUAUUCAAUAAAUGUAAUAGCAGAUUAGCUGGAGCUAGUGAUUCAUAAUAACUAUAAUUAUAAGAUGAGACUAUGGUUUAUGUAUUGGAAUAGUUGACAUACUACUACAGUUUAUUAAGAUUAAUAAUUGAGAAUAAUAAUAACAUUUAAAUUUUUACAAAAAAAGCCUAGAUUUGUAGAAUUUUGUAGGCUACUCCAGAACAAAUUACUAAAAGCAACUUGAUGAGUAUUAGAUAAUCAAUAUAAGAAAUGAAAAUAUGAAA